AUGAAAGCCUCACUCCUCCUCACAGUCCUCCCCCUGGCUCACUCCGCCAUAAUUCCCCGCCAAUCCAAAACCGGCGACGGCGCCCAAGGCGACACAGACGCAACCCAAGGUGAUCUCAGCCAAAGACCACCACCACGCUUCCCAUUCCCCAUCACCAAAUUCCCCGUCGCCAAAGAAACAGUCGUUUUCAAGAAUGCAAAGUAUAUCAUGCCCGGUGAGGUGUUUGACGGCAAGAUGAAGCGCUAUGAACGUCCGGAGGGAAGCUGUAAUGAGCAGGCAGAGGGCACGGAUGCUGAUACUGUGUUUAAUCUCAUGCCUGGUGCGACUAUUAGGAAUGUUAUUAUUGGGAAACAUCAGGCUGAGGGGAUUCAUGCUUUGGGUGAUGCUUGGGUUGAGAAUGUUUGGUGGGAAGAUGUUUGCGAAGAUGCUCUUACAUCCAAGGGUCUCAACACUCAAUUGAGAGUCAUUGGCGGUGGAGCUAGGAGUGCAACGGAUAAGAUCUUCCAAGACAACUCUUUGGGAGGCAAGUACAACAUCACAGGGUUCUACGCCGAAGGCUUCGGAACAUUCUACCAAUCCUGCGGCAACUGUCUCAACCAAGCAAAGCGAAACGCAACCAUCCAAAACGUCGUUGCUCGCGACGGUCUACGAAUGGGCAUCAUUAACCCCAACUUCGGUGACGAGUUCCGACUCAAGGACGCCCAGAUCGACAACGUCACUAGCAUUUGUGACAAGGAGAUUGGAAACAAUGUUCAGACGGUUCCUUACUACGUCGGCAAUGGACCUGACGAGAAGUACGCUUUGUAUAAUGAGACGAGGGAUAAUAUUACAAAGUUCAAGGGUGAGGUUAAGUUGGCUUAUGAGCCUGAGGAUCCUUAUGAGUGGCUUGAGGAGUUUUGGCCUGAGGGGUUCAACUGA